UCGAAAACUACGAUGCCGCGAGCGACUUCGGACAAGUUUACUCGUGCCCACCAACCGUCAGCAAAAGCAUCUUCUACGAAAACCGCAUCUUCUUCAAAAGCGGAUUCUUCUGCUGGUGCCCGCAACCCGAUCUUCAAGACGGAACAGUUUGGACAGCAUAUUCUCAAAAAUCCACUUGUUGCACAAGGGAUCGUCGACAAAGCCGAUUUAAGAGCGACCGAUCAUGUACUGGAGGUUGGUCCUGGAACGGGAAACUUGACUGUUCGAAUAUUAGAGAAAGCGAAGCAUGUCACGGCUGUCGAAUUCGAUCCCCGGAUGGCUGCUGAACUAACAAAACGUGUCCAGGGAAAACCCGAAGCCAAUAAACUCUCUAUUACUAUUGGCGAUUUCGUCAAGGCCGACCUCCCAUUCUUCGAUGUCUGUAUUUCCAACACGCCCUACCAAAUAUCUUCCCCGCUUGUCUUUCGUCUGUUGUCCCAUCGGCCGCUGCCGAGGGUGUGCAUAUUGAUGUUCCAGCGCGAAUUUGCACUGCGUUUAGUUGCGCGCCCUGGGACAGAGCUGUGGUCUAGGUUAAGCGCUAACGUUCAACUCUAUGCCAAGGUGGAUCAUAUCAUGAACGUCUCGAAAAACAACUUUCGACCGCCACCGAACGUCGAAUCAUCAGUCGUGCGCAUUGUGCCACUAGACCCACCACCACCAAUAAAAUUCGACGAGUUCGAUGGUCUCACUCGUAUCUUGUUCAGUCGCAGGAAUAAGACCGUACACGGAAAUUUCGCGGCCAAGGGCGUAUUUGACAUGUUGGAGAAGAAUUGGAGGACGUGGUGCGCAGAGAGUGGCAAGAUGAUAGAAGACAACAUUACGAUGAAGGCGAGGGUUGAAGAAGUCCUUUCGCAAACUGGCUACAGUGAAAGUCGUGCGGCCAAGAUGGACAUUGAUGACUUGUUGAAGCUGCUAGCAGCAUUCCACGAGAUCGGAGUUCAUUUUGCCUAG